AUGCUGCUCAGCACCGUCGCCUUCCUCGCCGUCCUCGGUGCCGUCUCCGCCGCGCCUGCUCCGCAGUCCUCCAACCCUCCUGUCAGCUACGACGGCCGUCAGCUCCGCUUCAACCUGCAGCUGAACAAGUGUCUCACUGCCCGUAAGGUUGAAGUCGGCUCCGAGCUUGGAGAGAAGCCUGGCCAGCUCUUCGACACCGGCCCUCCCUCGACCGUCGGCGUCAUUCGUGUCAAAGGCACCAACCUCUGCGUCGACGCCGGCGACUACAACUGCAAGACGAACGGCGUCAGGCUCACUCUGCAGAACUGCGGUGAGGGAGCUUGGGGUGCGCAGGAGUGGUGGCAGUCGACCAACGGCCGCAUCGAGCUCGCCGGCCCGGUCACGCACGCGCACCAGAUGCCGCCUCGUUCCGGGUUCUGCUUCGACCUGACCGACGGCAACGAGGCGACUGGCUCGGUUCAGAUCUGGAAGUGCUACGACAACAACCCGAACCAGCGCUGGGACCUGGGCCCUUGGUGCCGCUUCUGCUAG